GUGUGAUCACAGUGUAGUGACAAGAUGUAUGUGAGUGCGCACGAGUGACGUCACCAGUGACAAUGUAUAUCGCGAGACUUGUGUGUUUGGUGGUAGUUUCAGCGUUGCUGAAGGAAGCUUUCUGUUGUAACUUUUAUCCAGUUGGAGAAUAUUUGAAGUUCGUGAGGAUACCGGAGAAUUUGAGAGUCGGCGAUGAAGUGCUUAGAGUUGAAGUGCAUCCAAGGAAGAAUCUAAGCCUCCAGCCAGUAGACAAGGAAGAGGAUGCCCAUCUGUUCACGUACCGGGACCUGAAUAGGACCCACGUGUCCGUGGUAUUAGCACAGAGCGUCGACACGCUGGUAGACAGCGACUCGCCGCAGAACGUAGUCAAGUUCAGACUCGGCUGUGAUUUCGAUGCUGGCGAUGAUUUGAUAUCGGCGUAUCUGUCUGUGACUGUGUACAUAGAAGACGUGAACGACAAUGUCCCGGUGUUCCUCGACACGCCGUAUCAUAUCACUGUGGAUGAGCUGACGCCUACUGGUUUGACAAUCUUCAGAGGCAUCCGGGCAUUCGAUCGGGAUAAGCCAAACACUCCCAACUCAGAUGUCCAGUACAGCAUCAUAUCAGGAGAUGAAGAGGGGCAUUUCGCGCUGGAAAGUUCCCACAAACCAGCUCUGCUGUUAAGGAAGCCGCUGGACUAUGACGAUGGGGAUAAAGAGUUUAGGCUUGGGAUUAUGGCUUCGGACCGCGGCUCUCCACCACGUAGCUCCAACACCACCGUCCACAUCGUAGUUCAAGACAACGAUGACUUGCCACCGAAGUUCACUCUGGAUGUUUACAGGACACAAAUACCGGAGUUUUAUCCCUUGCUGGGGAAACGUAUUCAUAGGGAGUUGCUAUUUCCGGAGCCAAUUCGAGCAUUUGACCAGGACAUAGGCGUACAGGCUGCAGUACGGUACGAGCUUUUAUCAGGGAACGAAAGAAGACUCUUUGUUUUAGAUUCUCAUAAUGGAUCUUUAUUUUUGGAGAAAGAGAUAGAUCUUGAAGCCGAGACCGGAUUACCGGGAAACACGUUCGUACUACAAAUUCAAGCAUCACAAGUGGACAAUCCGUUGAAGGCUGCUCAAGCGAGGGUUGAGAUUGAAAUACUAGACCUUAACGACAACCUGCCCGAAUUUGAAGUAGACUUUUACAACAUCAGCAUAGUGGAGAAUCUGCCAAAUGGUUUCAGCGUUCUUCAAGUAAUGGCGACAGAUAAAGACCAAGGCGAAAAUGGAGAGUUCACUUAUCAACUCAAUGACAAGAAGGCGCUUUCUAUAGAUCCUAGAACGGGUUGGCUAACUGUUAGAAAUCAGUCAGUCUUAGACAGAGAAGUCCACUCAUCAAUAAGAAUGAAAGUAUUCGCGAAAGAGAAAAAUCCAAGCAUAGUUGGAACCUUUUUAGAUAAGCAGCGAGUCGCAAAAUGGCGUCGGCAACCCACUACAACUAGAACACCAGUAUCAAAGAACAAAACAACAUACGUAUUCCCAGACAAACUUGGUCCUAAAAAAGAAAACAUAGAAUAUCUUGAAGAUGAACUCAUGUCUUAUGUUAAAGUCGAAGUAACGUUACUAGAUGCCAAUGACAACAAUCCAACAUUCGUGCCGAGUAACUUAUACGAAUUUACAAUAAAAUCAAAUGCUAAGGUUGGGUCUUUUAUUGGUAAAGUGAAGGCUGUUGAUCCUGAUUUGGGGAGGAAUGGUAUGGUGCUGUAUGAUUUACAAAGAACUAGUAAUUUGACUAUUACGUCACCUUUCCAAGUAGAUGCUGAGAGUGGCACUGUUAGUGUGGCUGAGUCUCCUAUUGUUGAAGGGAGACAUGCGCUAUUUGUAGAAGCUUCGGAUCAACCAGCUAAUCCUAGUGAAAGGAGAUAUUCUUUGGCAGUUGUCACAAUUGAUGUUACGAGAGCAACAAAAGGUAACAAACCAGACAGACCUGACUUCAUUGGAGCUCCAUACGAGUUCUGGGUUGGUUCAAAUGUUGGCAUUGGUACUAGCGUUGGUCAAAUUCGUGUCAGUGAUGCACUCGAUAGAAGUGAGAUAUCAUAUGACUUGCUACAUGGAUAUGAAGAAGGAGUACCGUUCGCAGUAGAAGAGAGAUCUGGAGUGAUCACUGUAAUCGACGAGCUCAGUAAGUACGACCGGCCGAUGUACGACUUCGAAGCUGUCGCUAUGAGGGAAAACACCAACAUCACAGUCACUACAAACGCCACUGUCCAUGUUGUAGAUGUUAAUGAUGAGAGAGGAGUUCUGUUGAGAGGAGCUCAUUCUCCAAUAGUAUUCCAUGUUAAAGAAAAUAUAGCAGGAGCGACAGUAGGACAAAUAUUCCAACUAAACAUAAGUUCUAUAUCAAACAACAGUUCCAGUAAUAUCAGAUUUUUAAUAGCCAACCAGCAGGACGUGACGGAUGAUAUUGCUAUAGGCCAAGACGGUACGAUCUAUGCCCAAAAACCUUUAGACAGAGAAACUAGAGACACAUAUAGAAUGACAGUAAUAGCGGAAUUCAACAAGGGUGCCAUAUCCGGCGCUGGCAUUUACCAAGUUACAAUUUAUGUUGAUGAUGAUAAUGAUAACCCGCCAGUAUUCGACUCCACUGCGUAUGAAGGAUUUAUUAAAGAAAACUCGAAAAGAGGGACACAAGUUGAUAUGACAAAUAAAAUAAUAGCUAAAGAUGCAGAUGAAGGACAAAACGCUUUAUUUGCAUAUACAAUAAUUGGAGAAGGUCGAGAAUUAUUUGAAGUAGAUGAGAAUACUGGUGUUGUUACGUUUGUUGGCGAUAAUUUAGAUCGAGAAGAAAAAAGUACAUACGUACUUAAAAUAGUAGCUAGAGAUAGAGGAGGUUUGAGUUCUGAAGCACAACUUACUAUAACUAUAGUCGAUGAAAAUGAUAACGUGCCGAAAUUUAAUGAAAUCAUUAUUCCUCUGGGUGAAAAUGUAGAAUUAAUUGAAGCCGAUGAAAACAAUUAUGUGAAAAUAUACCACGAGAGAAAUCCGAAUGAGACAUCUGGUGAAGCUAAAGCUAAAGCUUCACCCAAAAAUAAGUUUGCUUUAGACGUGGAAAAUCUAGGUCCAUUAUUUAUGGUUCCCGAAAAUGUUGCCAUAGGAUCUACUAUAUUGAAACUUAACGCUAUUGAUAAAGACAGUGGUGUGAAUGGCCAGCUAAGAUACGAUUUUGUAUCUGAAGUUUACUCCCCACCAAACGCUUUGCCAUCAAAUGCUGUUUCAGAAAAGAAAUACUUUGUAAUAAAUGAAAGACACGGUAAUGUGAUUGUAGCAAGAACAUUGCCUCCAGAAUCCGAGUUUAGGCUUAACAUAACGGUUUUAGAUGGAGGAGAUCUAAGUGAUAACAUAUCGAUACGAGUUUACGUAAAGGAUGUCAACGAUCACUUCCCUAUGUUCAAAAAAUCAUGGUAUAAUUUCAAUGUCGAGGAGGCACAGUAUACCAGAAGAGUUCUAGGCAAGGUCGAUGCCACUGACGCUGAUUUUGGUCAAAACGCAAAUUUAACUUACUUUUUGCAACCCACUAGUGAAGAUUUGCCUUUCGAGAUAUCUCCUUUAAGUGGAGUCCUUAGUGUUAACGGAGAAUUAGAUAGGGAAAAGGAGGAUAAAUAUAUUUUUACCGUCGUGGCCAGAGAUAAUGGUCAAGAGAAAAAAUUGUCAUCUUCUGUAAGCGUAGAAGUUCAGGUCUUAGACAUAAACGACAAUGCUCCAAAAUUCUAUGGUUUUGAUGAAAUUCUUGAAUGGAAACAUCCAGAAGCUGAUGAGCUAUCCAAUCAUAACUUUGAGUCAGUAAUGAUGAUACCGGUAUAUAAAGCAACUUUGGAAGAAAAUGCGCCAAUUGGCACGACUGUUACUAGGGUAUACGCAAAUGAUUCAGAUUUUGUUGGUAAUGGCAAUGGCUUGAUUUUAUACAGUCUGCCUCAAAGGAAAAAUCAAAUAAAUCUUUUUGCUAUUGACUCUAAGGAGGGUAUAAUCACUACUACCGGACGUUUAGAUUAUGAAACUCAGACAGUACACAAUGUUACAAUAGUAGCGUCAGAUUUAGGAUCACCAAGUUUGAGUUCAACUGCUAUUUUAAUGUUGACAGUUACUGAUGUGCCAGACGAACAAGAAGUUUCUGACAAACCAGUAUUCAUAUCCCGGUACUACGAGUUGGAGAUUGAAGAAAACGUCAAUACACCUGUAGAACUAGUAACAUUGAAUUUGACAGAAUAUUACGAGAAUUUCAAAAUGAAAUAUUACAUAUUCAAUGAUAAUGAUCCUGACAUAAAAAGAACGUUUGUAAUAGAUCCAAGAAACGGUACGCUAUAUUUAGUAAGAAGCCCAGAUAGGGAGGUGAGGGACGUCUAUGAAGUAGUAGUACGUGCUGAGCGGCAAAAGAUUAGCCGCGAACUUCCCCAUAUGAUAUAUCCGGUAGCUGAUGAUGUUUUGGAAGGAAUGACGAAGUAUGACGUCAAGAUCAUUGUAAGGAUUAAGGAUAUAAAUGACAAUGCGCCCAAAUUCACAAAUGGCAACCGUCCGUUAGUGACCGCUAUACCCACCACUGCGCCAUUUGGGUAUCAAGUUAUGCAGUUAGUGGCUACAGACGCAGACAUUGGUAUCAACGCAGACAUUCGCUAUCAGAUCAUCAACGAGCAAGCCCCACGUUUUGCUAUAGACCCGGUGUCAGGCCAGGUGAGAGUGGUGUCGGCGCUAGCCAGAGACGCUGGGAGAGUUUUCGGAUUUGAUGUUAAAGCGACAGAUAAAAAAGGCGCCGAUGACGGCAAAUCAGCGAUUGCGAAUGUUUUUGUUUAUGUACUAGACGAAAACAAGCAACUAGUUCUAGUUGUGGGAGCGAAACCAAUGGAAGUUGAAAGAGAAAUAGAAAACAUCACUCGCUCGCUUACUGGUAUGACUGGAUUCGACAUCAGGGUGAGAAGACUAGAGGCUAAUACAAAAGCUACCAUGGAUGGCCAAGCAACUGAUAUGUACAUAUAUGCAGUGGAUCCUCUAUCAAACGCUAUUAUUGACAUGGAUGAGUUGCAAAGGUCGUUAUUGAAACGAGAAGCAGACCUCAGGCACGAUCUCGCCGGAUUCAGAGUUUUGGAAGUUGGAGACACUACCAUGGUCCAAGCCAGAAGUGGAAACAGAAUGCUGACUACCAUGGAAAUAAGUGUGGUAGCACUCGGUUGUAUAGUGUUUGUCGGUGCCUGCACAACUGCUGUUUGCAUUCUCUGCGUCAGAAGAAGUAGAAGAAAACGACACAAACCCUACACCCAGCAACGUCUUAACGCUUUCUCAACUGAGCACCUUACUAAAUACGGCGGCCUUUUCCCCUCUGGUGGGAACCAGUGCCAAGAACUGAACCAGUCUUACAGCGAAGCGGAUUCCUAUAUCGACGUGAUCAGCCAUAACACGAAGAAGGUCUGCCCGCACGGCAACACUGUUGAGGAGUUCGGGAAGGCUCACCAGAAAUGUGUGAAGAACCAGUUCGGAGAAUCAGACACGUUCACUCAAAAACACGAAAGGAUGUGCAUUAAGUUUAAUCAGCGUCCUCUUCAGAAGAGGAAGGGGCAGGACACUUCGAUAACAUCAGUGAAUUCCAGCGGCCAGGACUCUGGAAUCGCGGAGGCGAUGUGCACGUGUGGACACUCCAGCCUUCACACCUCGGAGGAGAGUAGCGGUUACGAAGACUCACUGAAAUCCAACCACAACCAGGAAAUCCACAAGGUCUAUCGCCAAGAGGAGCCUAGGUUCCUCAGACGAGCGUCCUUCGCCCAUCAACAACCAUUAGACAGACAGUUCCACUACCGAAGACAGUCUUUCUCAGAAAACAUGCAGCGCCACUUCCCACCCUUCGAGAGGGUCGGAUCCACCAACGGAAUCACCAGGCAGAUCUCCACCCCAAACGUUUCAAAUCUCACACAAUCAUAUUUCUUAAAUAAUAAGAGAAAAGAGGCAAGAAGAAAGGAGGCUUUGAACGAGCCAGUUGUCGAUUAUGAUAAUAGUGAAGAAGAGGAUGUGUUUGAUACUAGAGUGGAUAGGAAAGCGAGUGCCAAACACAAGAGAGGGAAGUUUAUGGAGUUCGGAGGUCAGCCUGCAGUGUUCGUGGCUACUCCCGCGACAGCAGACAUGAUGAGACGGCAAGGAAGCGAAAGACUCAUGUUUGCCAGACCUUUAUAGUAGUUGUACGAUAAUAUGACAUGAUUUGAUCAAACAUUAAAGCCAAUAUUGAAAAUGAAAUGAAUUUUAUGAGAAAAAUCUCUGAAAUAGGAUUAGAAGUCUUAAUAAUUCGUUAAAUUAAUUACGAUAAAUUAAAUUCGAGAGAUAG